AUGGCCGUCGAAGGCGAAAGCCUGGAGUCGCUUUUAAACAAAGCGACCAAUCCAGCCAGCAGAGAUGAAGACUGGGACCAUAUUGUGGCUUUCUGUGACCAAGUUAACAAGGAACUGGAAGGACCACAGAUUUCCCUACCAUUACUGGCUCAUAAGAUACAGUCUCCACAGGAGCAGGAAGCCCUUCUGGCUCUGACGACCGUUGAAGCCUGUGUCAAAAAUUGUGGCAAAAUGUUUCAUCAAGAAUUGGGAAAGUUUCGAUUUUUAAAUGAAAUGAUCAAAGUUGUAUCACCAAAGUAUUUAGGUAACAGGGCCUCAGCUAAAGUGAAGAAGAGAUGUAUAGAAUUAAUAUAUAGCUGGAGUAAAGGCUUACCACAUGAAACCAAGAUUUCAGAUGCUUACCAGAUGUUGAAACAGCAGGGUAUAGUCAAAGAAGAUCCAACAUAUCUCGAUAAGGUUGUUGAUGUAACACCUCCACCAAAAACAAGAACAGCAUCAUUUGAAGAUGAGGAGAAAUCUAAGUUAUUAUCUAAGUUAUUGAAGAGUAAAAACCCUAAUGAUCUUCAGGCUGCUAACAGACUGAUAAAGAAUAUGGUUAAACAAGAUGAAUCUAGAAUGGAGAAAGUUUCAAGACGUAUUAAUGAACUAAAAACUAUAAGCAUUAAUGUGAAAUUACUAAAUGAAAUGGUUUCUCAUUUUAAACCUGAAGCAUCAUCACAGUCUGAUCGAGAUAUGAUGAAGGAGCUUUAUGAAUCUUUAGAGAAGCUGCGUCCAAACCUUUUUAGACUAGCUAGUGAUGCAGAUGAGAAAGACAAUGAUGGAAUCUCGGAGAUUUUGAGUUGUAAUGAUGAGGUCAUGAAGGCUAUGGCUGAGUAUAAGAAGACGGUUGAGGGUGUAUCAGAAGACAACAGUGAAACAGCUAAAGCCAAUACAUCAGCCCUGCUUGACCUUGCACUGGACCAGUCCAGUCAAUCACCGCCAGUGACCAGUCAGUCCGAAGGCAACACAGACAUUUCUCUUAUACUGGAUGGCCAGUUACAGUCUCUAGGUUUACAAGAUCCUCAGUCCUCUGACAGAUCUGAUUCAUUACUGGCAGAUCUCAAUGAUAUAUUUGGAGCAACAUCUCAAACAUCCAGUGUGACCUCAGGUAUGGCUUUACCCUCCAGCAACGCGAAUCAGCCAGUAAAUCCAGGAUUCCAGAGUGGGGCAGGGGUGAUGAUGGCACAACUACCAACACAGCCCCAGGGUCCUGCAGUGCUACAAGCCAACCAGGCCACAACUAACAUGUUUUCUUCUCCUUCCUUGCUAUCUCAGCAUCCUGCACAGAUGACUAGCCCUCUUACCAUGGGGGCAGGUCAGGGUACAUUGACAGCUGGUAAUGUAAAUGCUUCGGCCCAGAGUGCCACCUCCAAAGGCAUGGCUGACCUGGACUUGCUUGGACAAGAUCUGAUGCAGCAGAGUCUCCCUAAAGAUGUGAAGAUUGUACAAGAAGUUGUACCUCAACCAAAGUUGACGUUAAACCAAAUAGCAUCUAAAGGUACAACUGUGACAAACAGUUCCCAGGUUAGCUACAGUCAGCUCGGGUUAACCAACCAACCAGCCUCCGUCAACACCACGGCAACCAUUCCGACCUUUCCCCCAGUCCCACAGGUGUCCCCUGCCAAAAUUACCUCCCAGGAAAUACUCUCUCUUGCCGAUGUAUUUGUGCCCUUGGAGAAGAUUCAGCCAAGUGCGAUGGCCCCUGUGAAUGCAUAUGAUCGAAAUGGCCUGAAGAUGGUUAUACAUUGUGCUAAGGACAGACCUCGAGAAGAUGUCUCCGUAAUGGUUGUGUCUGUCAUCAGUACCAACACAAAUCCAGUGAAAAACUUCAGCUUCCAAGCAGCUGUACCCAAGGUGAUGAAAGUCAAACUACAGCCUCCCUCAGCCACCCAACUUCCCGCCUACAACCCUAUCCUGCCCCCAGCAGCCAUUACUCAAGUCAUGCUUUUUGCAAAUCCACACAAGGAAAAGAUUCGGUUAAAGUUCAAGAUCACAUAUGUGGCAGGAGAAGAAUCCCAUUCCGAUGUAGGAGAGGUGGACACAUUUCCAGUACAGUGAGAACAGUGUAGCACAACUAGGAGAGCACCACUAUAGCAGUCAUGGUUGACUGAUGUCAGAAUCAGUGUUACAUUAUUAAGUACAACAAUCAGUCAUGCUAGACACUGAAGUCUGAGAACAAAAACAUAAACUAGGACAGAUUCAAACCAAACACAACAUGUCAUUGGCUCUGUUAUACUUCUAGUGUAUGGCCAACUCAACUCCAUUAGGUUUGGUAACUGUCGGCAUGCACUGUUGGUUAUGUGGAAUGGAAUGAAAACGAAUGAAUGGCACACUGACAGUUUUGGCUGUGGCCAUGCUCAGCAGAUCCUAAUAUUGCAAUGUAUAAGGUCCAGAAUGAACUGAUUAAAUGAUAAUUUUGAAUUCUGAUUUUGACCAGAUGAAACUAAACCUAGUUGGUCAAAGAUCCAGCAAAACUAAAUCUGAAUCCAGAGAGCUUACUGUUUGAAAAGUGUACACAAUAUGAACCAAAGGAUAGGAGUAGGAAUAGAGGAUCAUUUAGAAAAUAUCUACCAAAGUUUAAUGUGGUAUCAAAUUACAACACAAUUUAAUGUGGUGUCAGAUUACCACAGUUUAAUGUGGUAUCAGAUUACCACAGUUUAAUGUGGUGUCAGACUACCACAGUUUAAUGUGGUAUCAGACUACCACACAGUUUAAUGUGGUAUCAAACUACCACACAGUUAAACGUGGUAUCAGACUACCACACUUUAAUGUUGUAUCAAAUUACCACACAGUUAAUUGUGGUAUCAGACUACCACACAGUUAAAUGUGGUAUCAGACUACCACACAGUUAAUUGUGGUAUCAGACUACCACACAGUUUAAUAUGGUAUCAGACUACCACAGUUUAAUGUGGUAUCAGACUACCACACAGUUAAUUGUGGUAUCAGACUACCACACAGUUUAAUAUGGUAUCAGACUACCACAGUUUAAUGUGGUAUCAGACUACCACACAGUUAAAUGUGGUAUCAGACUACCACACUUUAAUGUGGUAUCAGACUACCACACAGUUUAAUGUGGUAUCAAACUACCACACAGUUAAACGUGGUAUCAGACUACCACAGUUUAAUGUUGUAUCAAAUUACCACCAAAUUUAUAUGUGGUAUCAGAGUAGAAUUGUUUUUUUAAUUACCAUUAUUUAUAAUGAAGUGCUAAAUAAGAAGUAUGGCUGAUAAUUAGGAUUGGUAUUAGACAUUCAAUGAAUGUAUGUUUAUACUAUUUUUGUAAUGUAUUUUUAGGGUUACACUCGAAGUUUUUAAUCGUAGAAUGAUUACAUUCUGUGCUGAUCAAGUUUACACUAUUUAGUAUUAACUGGAAGCACUAUAAAAUAUGUAAAGUUCAGCCUCCAUUUUGAUUUUGCUUGUUUUUCUUCUUCGUGAUCAGUUAUAUCUAAACAAUGGAUGUUCCAUCAUAUGGUUUCCUGGGCCUAUGGAAUCGCUGACAAACUAACACAGAUCCAUGAAACCAAUUGGCUAAUAUAUUUAAUGCUUAUUCAUUCAAUUACUUCACUCUCCUUAUGUCAUUUUGGAACUGCAAAGUCAGUAUAUUACAGCGAGAUUGAUGACAUUACUAUACUGAUCACAUGAUCAAAUGUCUCCCACAGCAUUCUCUAAACAAUACAGGUAGAUGCAUUCUCUAUACGAUACAGGUAGAUGCAUUCUCUAUAUGAUACAGGUAGAUGCAUUCUCUAUACAAUACAGGUAGAUGCAUUCUCUAUACGAUACAGGUAGAUGCAUUCUCUAUACAAUACAGGUAGAUGCAUUCUCUAUAUGAUACAGGUAGAUGCAUUCUCUAUACAAUACAGGUAGAUGCAUUCUCUAUACAAUACAGGUAGAUGCAUUCUCUAUACGAUACAGGUAGAUGCAUUCUCUAUACGAUACAGGUAGAUGCAUUCUCUAUACGAUACAGGUAGAUGCAUUCUCUAUACGAUACAGGUAGAUGCAUUCUCUAUACGAUACAGGUAGAUGCAUUCUCUAUACGAUACAGGUAGAUGCAUUCUCUAUACGAUACAGGUAGAUGCAUUCUCUAUACAAUACAGGUAGAUGCAUUCUCUAUACGAUACAGGUAGAUUCAUUCUCUAUACGAUACAGGUAGAUGCAUUCUCUAUACAAUACAGGUAGAUGCAUUCUCUAUACGAUACAGGUAGAUUCAUUCUCUAUACGAUACAGGUAGAUGCAUUCUCUAUACGAUACAGGUAGAUGCAUUCUCUAUACGAUACAGGUAGAUGCAUUCUCUAUACAAUACAGGUAGAUGCAUUCUCUAUACGAUACAGGUAGAUGCAUUCUCUAUACGAUACAGGUAGAUGCAUUCUCUAUACAAUACAGGUAGAUGCAUUCUCUAUACAAUACAGGUAGAUGCAUUCUCUAUACGAUACAGGUAGAUGCAUUCUCUAUACGAUACAGGUAGAUGCAUUCUCUAUACGAUACAGGUAGAUGCAUUCUCUAUACGAUACAGGUAGAUGCAUUCUCUAUACAAUACAGGUAGAUGCAUUCUCUAUACGAUACAGGUAGAUGCAUUCUCUAUACGAUACAGGUAGAUGCAUUCUCUAUACGAUACAGGUAGAUGCAUUCUCUAUACGAUACAGGUAGAUGCAUUCUCUAUACGAUACAGGUAGAUUCAUUCUCUAUACGAUACAGGUAGAUUCAUUCUCUAUACGAUACAGGUAGAUGCAUUCUCUAUACGAUACAGGUAGAUUCAUUCUCUAUACGAUACAGGUAGAUGCAUUCUCUAUACAAUACAGGUAGAUGCAUUCUCUAUACGAUACAGGUAGAUGCAUUCUCUAUACGAUACAGGGAGGUCCAUUCUCUAUACGAUACAGGGAGGUGCAUUCUCUAUACAAUACAGGUAGAUGCAUUCUCUAUACAAUACAGGUAGAUGCAUUCUCUAUACAAUACAGGGAGGUGCAUUCUCUAUACGAUACAGGUAGAUGCAUUCUCUAUACGAUACAGGUAGAUGCAUUCUCUAUACGAUACAGGUAGAUGCAUUCUCUAUACGAUACAGGUAGAUUCAUUCUCUAUACGAUAUAGGUAGAUGCAUUCUCUAUAGGAUACAGGUAGAUGCAUUCUCUAUACGAUACAGGUAGAUGCAUUCUCUAUAUGAUGCAGGUAGAUGCAUUCUCUAUACAAUACAGGGAGGUGCAUUCUCUAUACAAUACAGGGAGGUGCAUUCUCUAUACAAUACAGGUAGAUGCAUUCUCUAUACAAUACAGGUAGAUGCAUUCUCUAUACAAUACAGGGAGGUGCAUUCUCUAUACAAUACAGGGAGGUGCAUUCUCUAUACAAUACAGGUAGAUGCAUUCUCUAUACAAUACAGGGAGGUGCAUUCUCUAUACAAUACAGGGAGGUGCAUUCUCUAUACAAUACAGGUAGAUGCAUUCUCUAUACAAUACAGGUAGAUGCAAUCUCUAUACAAUACAGGUAGAUCACUUGUGAUUUAGGAGUGGUUUUCAACGACCUAUAUAAUCAGUUUUAAGAGCAUUUUGAACAAAAUGAGAAAUUCCUCAAUUUAACAAAUAGCAUGUUGACAUUUGUAGGUAAUCCUGUACAUGACUUUUGGACUGAAAGUGUAUAAGGUACACGGUAUUGAACAAAAGCGUUGACCAGACACAUUAGAAUCAGUAAGUAGUAUCACAUUCAUUCAGCCAGUUCAAACUCCGAUGUGAUACAGUCCAUGCCACAGACAUACUUUGUUUUCCCCAAUACUUACAGAAGUACAGUAGAUGAUUUGUGUGGAUUAUUUGACAAGUUAUAGUAGUAUGUUUUAUCAUUGAAUGCUUGAAUAAACAAUGUUUCUGAAAUACCUUCAUACAGGUCGCCUAAGAUUGUGAAUUAUGCCACUAAUACACGUUUUUGAAUUGUUUAAAGUCCAUUAUGUUAUGGUGUCUGGUCCUUCUUAGUAAUAGUAGUGGGUUGUGUGGUUUUGCUGACUGAUGUUAUACAUAUACUAUAUAUAUAUAAGGAGGGAGUUAUUGAUGUAUAGUCUCUGAUGUAUUACCAUUAAUUAUUUAAAGAUCGUUGUUAGUGGACAGUGUGUAAAGUCGAGAAUAUGUGGACCUGUUGUAAUUAAUCACAAGUCGAUAAACAGGUCAUCUUGUCAACACAAGGGGUUAGUGUUAACUGCAUGAGGAAUUAGGAGAAUGAAUGGAGAUUGAAAGUAGUGAGAUUUUUUUCAAGUGCAAUAUGUUUAAAAUGAUUGAAAAAAUAUCAAUAUUUAUUUCAAAAAUUCAAUCUUAGAUACAUAUUUCAGGUUUUCAUGUGACAAGAAACCUGCAAAAUUUUUUCAAAAAGGAUAACAAAAUAGAACUCCAUUUGUCUUGAAUGCUCAAAUUAUUGCACCACCGGACUACCCAAAAAAGGCUGUUUAUGUAUAUAGAAUUUGCCUCUUUUUAUGUAUCAUAUUGAAAAUGAUGCUUUUGAUAAUCACCAACGUAUCAUUAUUUACAUUUUAUAUAUUGGUUAUAGUGGAAAUUAAAGUGAAAAAAAUGUAAUUUGAAUAUUCAGCAAUACAAUGUACAACAAUUUGAAGGGAAUGAUAAUUCUUGCAAAAAAUGUGAUAAAAUUUCAGUAGUUAUGAAACAUAUAAUCAGAGAUCCUCAGGAGAGAGAUGAAUUAGGGAGUCUGUGUAUGUUACUACAUGCUAGGACAAAUAUCUGUUUUCAUUAUUGAACACAAUAAAUGUGUAAAUUUAA